UCGAUUCGAUAAAGUUAGUCUGAAAAGAAAUUGCCAAGAGAACACUUCAGAAAUGGUGUGCCUUCUCAUUGUAACCUGCUUAUUGAUAAGCGUAAUAUCCGUGAUAUAUUUAUAUUUCCUGCGAAAGUUUUCCUACUGGAAAGAUCGUGAAGUGAAGUACAUCGAGCCGUCUAUCCCUUUGGGAAACUUACCUUUCCAGCGCAGAGGGCAAUUCAAAGAACUUUUCCAAAAAUUUUAUGAUGCAGGACGCGGAAUCCCUUUCGUCGGGGGUUAUUUUUCAACCCAACCAAUAAUAGUGGCAACAAGUUUGGAAUUUGUGAAAGAUGUGCUAGUGAAAGAUUUUAACAGUUUCCAUGGUCGCGGAAUUUAUACGAAUGAGAAAGAUGACCCCUUAUCUGCGCAUUUGUUUUCCUUGGAUGGAUCGAAGUGGAGAUCGCUUCGGAUAAAACUUUCACCGACUUUUACUUCGGGAAAAAUGAGGUUCAUGUUCCCGACGAUUGUUGAAGUGUCGAAUCGGUUUAAUCAAGCUCUGAAGGAAAUUGUUGAAAAAGAUAAUGUGAUUGAUGUAAAAGAUAUCCUUGCUCGGUUCACGACAGACGUCAUAGGGACUUGUGCAUUUGGAUUAGAGUGCAAUAGCCUCAAGGACCCGAACGCUGAGUUCCGAAAAUAUGGACGCCUGGUUUUUGAAGAUCCCUUGAAUAGUAUAUUUCGCAGAGUCAUCAUGCUGUUCCCAAAACUGGCCCACAAGCUUCAUGUAAUUAUGACUAGGAAAGAUGUCAGUGAGUUUUUCUUAGGAAUAGUCAAAGAAACAAUAGAGCACAGAGAACAAAAUGAUGUUAAACGCAACGAUUUCAUGGAUAUGCUGAUUGAAUUGAAGAACAAUGACACAUUGGAUGAGGAUAAUAAUGUGAAAUUAGAGAAACUCACUUUUGAGCAAGUCGCUGCGCAGGCAUUUGUAUUUUUCAUAGCUGGAUUUGAGACUUCUUCAACACUGAUGAUGUUCAGCCUGUAUGAAAUGGCGUUGAACCCUGAUAUUCAGGAGAAAGCCCGGCAUCAGAUUAACACUGUUCUUGCCAGGCAUAAUGAAAAGUUAUCAUAUGAGGCUGUCAAGGAGAUGGUUUACAUUGACCAAAUAGUCACAGAAACGCUGCGAAAAUAUCCACCAUUGGUCGCUCUUAGGCGAACUGCGCAGAAUAACUAUGAAGUACCUGAUUCAAAAAUUAUCAUUGAAAAGGGAACUCCAGUGAUAAUACCAGUCUACUCAAUUCAUCAUGAUCCAGAAUACUAUCCAAAUCCUGAUAAAUUUGACCCAGAUCGUUUUAUAGCAGAGCAGCUAAAAGCUCGCCAUCCAUUGUCAUUUUUGGGUUUUGGUGACGGACCCAGAAAUUGCAUUGGUCUACGGUUUGGAAGAAUGCAGUCGCAUGUAGGCCUCAUAACGCUUUUGAAGAAUUAUCGCUUUGAAAUCUCGGCGAGAACACCCAUACCCAUGGUGUUUUCAAUCCAUAACCCAGUACUGUCACCUGCAGAUCCAAUGUAUUUGAGGAUUGAAAGACUGAAGCUUUAGUAGCUUGAAUGUAAUCCAAAAUUCAAUUAUAUAAAAACAACAAUUGGUUUCCAUCUGUCA